AUGGAAUCACUUUUGUUUAUCUCUGAUAUCUCUAAAAAAACUGGACUCUCUAUCCAUACCCUGCGUUAUUAUGAACAAAUAGGCUUGCUGAAAAAUAUCCACCGUAAUCAAUCUGGGCGACGUGUAUAUACCAAACUUGAUCUGGAAUGGCUUGAAUGGAAAAAAUGCAAGAUUUUGCCCAAUUUCGACUACAAGGAGAGCAAACCUUAA